UCUCGUACAGCAUACCUCACCAUGAGGACCUUCCUAAUAUGCGUAUUGGCCGCUUCCGCAUUCGCCGGUGACGCGAAGACGUCGAAGGUCCAUGAAAAACGUGGGAUCAUCUCCGGGGGAAUCGGAGGAGGAUACGGCGGAGGAUACGCGGGACAUAGUCUCGGUCUUUCCAGCUUUGCCAGCGGAAUCGGCUCCGGAAUUUCCUCCGGCUACGAUUCCGGAAUCGGCUAUGGCUCGGCUCUCGGUCUUGGACACGGUUUGGGGCAUUCCGUCAGCACGCACAACGUCCCCAGCACCGUCGUCAGCAAGUUCGUCAAGGUGCCGGUUUCCGUGCCGCAGCCGUACCCGGUUGUGAAGAAUGUCCCCGUUGCGGUUCCGCACCCGGUCCCAGUGGAGGUGAGGCGACCCGUUCCGGUUCCAGUUCCGCACCCGGUCCCCGUGGAAGUGACGAAGACGUACCCCGUCCCCGUGGAUCGUCCCGUGCCAGUUCCCGUUCCGCAUCCAGUGGAGGUACGCGUUCCGCACCCCGUCCCCGUGGCGGUUCCUGUCCAGAGUUUCGUCCAACCCAUCGGUCACGUUGCUGCUGGACCCAUUGAGACCGGGUUUGGACCAUCCAGUGGUUCCUUUGGUGGAAACGGAAUUUCUUUCGGGAACGGCGGUUUCGAUGGGUAUGGCGGUUCCCUUGCGGCCGGAUCUCUUGGUGGACAUGGUUUGGGUGGACAUGGUUUGAGUGGACACGACUUCGGUGGACAUGGUUUGGGUGGACACGACUUCGGUGGACAUGGGGCGUUUGUUGGAUCUGGGAAUCUGGAUUCUUUUGCCGGUUCCUUUGACGGUUCCUCCCUUGGAGGCGGCCAUGACGACGGAUAUUCUUAUCCCGUACCUUCGAAGAAAUGGAACGAUUAA